CUUACAAAUUAAAAAGUCUUGAGUUUUGUAAGAUUCUUUUUAGCUAGUUAUCAAAAAGAGCUUGAGUUUUCAAGUCUAUAUAUUAAAAGGACUGUGUCUCCCGGAUAUUCCAUCAUGAAACAUUAGAACUAUCACCAAACUAUACCUCUCCAUUGUGCUCUGUUUGUGAAGUUGAAUAUGGAAAAAACCGUAGAUACUCACAAAAACACAUCAUCAAAUCAAACUCUCCACCCUAACCAGAAUGACUGCCAUUGGUACGAGGAAAUCAUCGAUGAUGAUAUCAAGUGGUCUUUUGCCCUCAACAGUGUUCUCCAUCAAGGAACUAGUGAGUACCAAGACAUUGCUCUCUUAGACACCAAACGGUUUGGAAAGGUUCUUGUGAUUGAUGGGAAAAUGCAAAGUGCAGAGAGGGAUGAGUUUAUCUACCAUGAAUGCUUGAUCCACCCGGCUCUCCUUUUCCACCCCAACCCGGAGACAGUGUUUAUUAUGGGAGGAGGUGAAGGCUCUGCUGCAAGAGAAAUACUAAAACAUAAGACGAUCGAGAAAGUUGUCAUGUGUGAUAUUGAUCAGGAAGUUGUUGAUUUUUGCAAGAGAUUUCUAACUAUUAACACUGAAGCUUUCUGUGACAAGAAGCUUGAACUUGUGAUCAAAGAUGCAAAGGUUGAAUUGGAGAAACGAGAAGAGAAAUUUGAUAUAAUAGUGGGAGAUUUAGCUGACCCGGUAGAAGGUGGACCAUGUUAUCAGCUCUACACCAAAUCAUUCUAUCAAAAUAUCGUUAAACCUAAGCUUAGCCCCAAUGGCAUUUUUGUGACCCAGGCUGGACCAGCAGGAAUAUUCACUCAUAAAGAGGUCUUCACAUCAAUCUACAACACCUUGAAACAAGUAUUCAAGUACGUGAAGGCUUACACAGCACAUGUACCAUCAUUUGCGGACACAUGGGGAUGGGUUAUGGCAUCAGACCAAGAGUUUGAGUUUGAAGUUAAGGAAAUGGAUCGAAAAAUAGAAGAGAGAGUGAAAGGAGAGCUGUUGUAUUUAGACGCUUCUUCUUUUCUCUCUGCUUCUACACUCAACAAGACCAUCUCCCUCGCACUUGAGAAGGAGACAGAAGUUUAUAGUGAAAACAAUGCGAAAUUCAUUCAUGGGCAGGGUGUGGCGUACCGGCAUACUUGAAGAAGACUUGGAUUGGUUUCGUGUUUGCCUUCACUUUGUUUCAUUGUUCGGUUUCUUAUUUAUAGUCACAAAACUGGUUUCUUUUCUUUUUAUCAUAAUGGGACGUCGUCUGGAUUACUUUGGUUGGGCUUUUGUUUCCUCUUCCUAGUAGUUGUUCCGGAAUAGUUAAGUUAACAAAGCUAUUUUGCUUACUACUAAUUAAGAGCAAUCAGUCAAUCACCAUCAAUAUAUAUAUAUAUAUUUAAUGAGUAAUAUCUCCAACUUUUA